GCUACUCUGGCUGUCUUCUUACUUAGUUUCUCGGCCAUGUUCCCUAUGAUGUCGUCGUUUCUACCUGUUCGCCCCUUCACCCGCCUCUCUUGUCCCUCUGGAACUCCGGAAGCGUCGGUGGCUGCAAUCGUGCUGCUUGGUGCUCCGCUCCGAACGGUCAGGACAAAAAAUAAUAUUCCAAGAUAUUUUGGCACUAGCACUGUGACUUAUAGCAAGAAAGAUGAGCAGUGUGUUCCAACUGUUGCAAGUCCUGAGAAGACCUCAGAGAACCAAGGCAGAAUAAAGGAGAAUACGAAAAAAGGCUUGUUAGACAUUAUUAAGGAUAUGAAAGUUGAAUUAAGCACAGUAAAUGUACAAACAACAAAGCCACCCAGCAGGAAAACACUCAAAAGUUUGGAGACAAUUGGCAGGCUUCGAAGAACUCCAGGAGAUGCUCCAAAGAAGGGAAAUGAUUCCCUGAGUCCUGAGUUGGUGGAAGCUGCAUCUGCUGUGGCAGAUUCUCUGCCUUUUGACAAGCAGACAACCAAGUCAGAACUGCUUAGACAGCUCCGUCAGCAUGAGGAAGACUCAAGGGCACAGAAGGAUAGAGAAAAGACUAAAAUUAGUAAUAUAUUAUCAGAUAUGAAAAUUGCCAAAUCUGCUACGGCUAGACUUAGCACAAGACCAGAGCAUCAGAUUCAGUUUGAUGAAGGAUCUGAUCAUUCUCUCAGCCAGGAGAAGACAGCUGAUCUUAAAAAAAGGAAAAAUUUAUUCAAGGGGAAGAGGCUUAAUAUUUUUGACAUUGAAACAUUUUCUGAAAAAGCACCUGAAACAGAGACAUCACCUUCUAUUUGGGAUGUGGAAUUUGCUAAGCAACUAGCUGCAGUAAAUGAACAGCCCUAUCAGAACGGGUUUGAAGAAAUGAUUCAGUGGACAAAGGAGGGGAAACUCUGGGAAUUCCCAGUCGACAAUGAAGCAGGUUUUGAUGAUGAUGGUUCAGAAUUUCAUGAACAUAUAUUUUUGGAUAAACACCUGGAGGGUUUUCCAAAACAAGGACCAAUUCGCCACUUCAUGGAGCUGGUGACUUGUGGCCUUUCCAAAAACCCAUAUCUGAGUGUUAAACAGAAGGUUGAGCACAUAGAAUGGUUUCGAAAUUAUUUUAAAGAAAAAAGGGACAUUCUAAAAGAAAAUAACAUACAGUUUAAUUAAGACAGUGGAAAUUUUU